UCCGAGGGGUCAGGGGACAAAAAGUCGUCUGAAAAGUUUCACACACAGAAAAACGCCUGAAAAAGACAAUUUUCGGCGGUUUUGGAGUACUGUUUUCUGUCAGCAAAGAUGUGCCUGUCGUGUGGGGACGGCGUGAGACUGAUCCCGCUGCUGUGGAUGCUCACUAUGCCCAUGUACGGGUCGUUUUUGGGUCCGGAGCCGGUCCUAAGGUUGUCCCUCAUGCUGAUGCUUCAUGCAGCAGUCGGGGCGGCGCUACCAAUCGGACUGUCCUUCAUAGCGCCGUACGUACAAGUCGGCGCGCUGGUGUUGGUUCUCUCGCUGCCCGUGAACCUGAUGCCGUACGCGCUCGUCUGGCUGUACGACAAGCUGCUACUCGUCUCCGAGCCCGCGCUUCUGCUCGUGGAGGCCGCGGAGGUCGUGAGGAUGACCUUGAGAUGCAGCGAACUGGCACUGCAACACAUCGAGGAACGUCCAGUUUUCAUUAAGACCCUGAUCCUUGCUGUGAGUGCUGUCUCCUAUGUCAUCAGUGCUGUCCUAGCUGCUGUCCUGUACAGCCGAGACAGCUCCACAUUAAACUGGUUGUUACUGGUGAUGCUGGUAGCUGCUGUUGGUCUGGCUGUUCUCACCUACAUUGUGGAUGAAGGUGUGAUCUCCAACGCAGCUGUGGUGACCAUGGCAGGCUUCGUCAUGCUGUGGCUCAUGGAUCAGGAGCUCGCCCUAGCAGCUAACCCCAGAACUGCACCUGAUGAGUGGGCAGGGGCAUCGUGGGGAGACUACUCAUAUCUGCAGGUCCUCUUGUCUCUGGCUGGGUCAACUAUGGCAAAGGCUUUUAGUGGCCAGAAGGAGACAGACUGGUCCAGCCUGCAGGAGGAGGAUGCUGAGGGUUCUCCCAGCUCCAUCAGUGCCUGGACAUCUCCUCUGGCGGUAAAACUGUCCAUCAUCCUGGUUUACACACAGCUGGUGGUGCACAGCAUACAGAUGGGCAGCACCGGGUCUCACACCGCAGUUACGGACCCAGGGUCUCACACCGCAGUUAUGGACCCAGGGUCGCACAGCGCGGUUUGGCAGGGGCUAGGGCUGAUGAGAGUUCUACAGAUUGGGGCACUGGUUGGGAUUUAUUUACAAAGACUCUACAGCUCGGAGGACGGCCCUGACUUCUGA